ACACAAUGACAGACACAACAGAUAUAGCGAUACACAACCAAUACCCUUCCCAUCAGCAAUAGCCACGCAUUGCUAUCAUAUGGUUACAUACUCAACACAUGCCUCCCUCCACUAAGUGACACCCAGCAAGGUACACACAGUCACAUGCUCAACACAACCCCCUCCUCCCUACUCCCACGCCAGUUCUCUUUUGUCUCUUGUCUCUCUAUCUCAUUGGUACACAUGAUUAAACACCCAAUACAACAUCUCUCCACACACCCCUCCGGGUAGCUGGGAAGUUGGAGGGAGGAAUCGACUGAUGGGAUGGGAUGGCCAGGAUGCAUCCUGGGGUGUGCUGGGGCGGGGCUGUCUUCCCAUGCCCUGUGGACUAGAGGUCUGCCGAGGUCUCCUGCUUUCCCUCCACCCCACGGCUCCGGGCAGAGGCCGUGUCUGUGGCGGUGCCUGUGCCCGUGCCCGCAGAGGGGAGGGAAACGCUUGGCGACGUGGAGCGGCCACGUGGAGCGGACCUGGGGCGGGGAUCUGCCGUGGCCGCAGCGCGGCAGGAAAGACAAAGCCGAGGAGCCCUUCUCCAGCCAGCACAGGAGCUCACGCAGCAGGGAAGAUGCUGUCCUUGUCACUGUUACUGUGGUUGGUACCCAUGGGUCAGGCUGCUCCCAAGGAUGGAGCUACCAGGGCUGAGGCUGAAGCAGGACUUGAUAUAUCGUCUAACCCUUUUCAGUCAGGCCAGGAGCAGUUCCGUUUGCUGCUGAACUACCUGAAAGGACUGGGACAGGCCUCUGGGGACCUGGAACAACUGAGCCGAGAACAGGUGCUGUUAUAUCUCUUUGCGCUCCAUGACUUUGACCAGAGUGGACAGCUGGAUGGCUUGGAGCUUUUGGCUAUGCUGAAAGAAGCUCUGUUUCCUGGGGCCCGUGCUUCAUCUUCUACAGGUCAGGUGAUCAAAGUAGUGGACAAAGUGCUGGAAACCCAGGACCUGGACAGAGACGGGCUGGUGACACCUGCAGAGCUGCUCACUCUCCCUGGAGAUGCUCUGAGGCACAGAGAGCCACAGGAGUCCUCUGUUCCACCUCCCCAAGACUCAGAACUUAUUGGCAGUCCUGCCAUGUUGGCUAUAAAGCUAUUAGAACAAGGCACUGGGGAGGCCAUGAUCCAGGAGGGAGCUACAGGUCCUGAAGGGGAAGAUAGAAAGGCCAUAGAUUCUGGACAGGAAACUAGGAGCCUGGUGGAGACCAUAGGCAUUGGAGAGGAGGAUAGCAUGAAGGCCACAGAUCUUGAGCAAGAGGCCAAAAGCCUGGGGGAGGCCACAGGCCCUGAAGAGGAGGAUGGAAGGAAGGACACAGACCCUGAGCAGGAGGCCAGGAGCUUGGGGGAGGCCAUAGGAGGUCCUGGAGAGGAAGUGGGAUACCAAAGUGAAGCCGGAGAGGAGGUCAAGGGUCCUCUAGGGGAGGAUGGAGAAGCGAUGGAGAUUAUUGUGGCUGACGUGGGAACCCUAGAGCUAGAAGAGCAUUUGGAGCCUAGAGAGCUUCCAGGUGAGUUUGGAGGUCAUGUGAUUCAGCCAGAGAAUGAUGAAAUGUGAGUCUCAGGUCACAGUCCUAGAAGCCUCAGUCCCACAUGAAGACAUCAAAGAGGUGUAUGUGUGUGUGAGGCAGGGUAUGAAAGUCCCUGGUGCUUCCCUAGGGCACCUGUCUCAGCCUGCCACUGCUCAUCUUUUUCCUGGUCCUAACAUAAUGGCAGCCCUUCAUUUGGUUCAGGGAGAGCCCAGAGUUCAGGUUAUAGAACAGUAGUGACAACCUACCCUGAAAAUUGACCUUCAUCCCAGAAAAAGCAGGUAGCAGCUGGGUCUAGUCACAAAGUCCAUGGGCUUGUGCUGAAUAACCUAGAACUGAAUAGCAUUGACCUGACGGACACUUGGCUACACGUCUAGUCUAGAUGAAUCAGUUUGGGGAGAGGGUAGGUGGGCAAAUGGCCCUAAGUAAUCCUGGAAUGCACAGACAUGUGGUCUCUUUGUAUAAGUCUGAGAGAAUCUGAGCUAGGCUAACUCCAGGCCAACUUGAGAAACAGGAAAUUUCUAUUUGGUGCCAAUAAAUGCCCUGCAAUCCCUUUCCUUGUA